AUGGAAAAUCAGCCAGCGAAAAGAAAAAAAUCUUGUCCCAACUCCGGUGACGGCAGAAUCUCCGAACUGCCACAACCCUUAUUGCACAACAUUGUCGCUUUCCUCUCACAAGACGACGCGACCAAGACCUGUGUUUUGUCGAAAUCAUGGCGUUCUAUUGGCCCUACUCGCCCCAAAAUCGAGUUUAAUGAAGCGUGCUACGAAGGGAACCAUGAAAAGUUCCUGUCCCAUUUGGACAAAACGCUACAAGUUUACAAUGACCGGGAGAUUUGCUUGCAAGAAUUUAUAUUGUCUGUAAGAAACAUUAAUGCUAAUUCUGUUUCUCUUCUUGAAAAAUGGGUCCCGAUCAUCUUGCUCGAAAUGGGCGUUAAGAGGGUACAGGCAAGCAGUUACAGGAAGAGUUGA